AUCUGGGACACUUGAAUGGAUGCGAUCAGAAAGAACAUAUUUCGCAAAUAUUCUUAGAUUUUAUCUUGUUCUCAUACAUAAUCAUAGGGCUAUAAAGGUAUUUUCAUUUGAAUAUGAUUGUAAUCUAUCUUUGGUUGGCCUAUGAAAUUUGCUUGAUCGUAAGAUAAAAAGCCGAUAAUAUAAAAGAUCUAGCAAGAAAUGGCUCUACUCAGAUUGCACAAUGGAAGCCGCUCAAUUGCCGAUAAAUUAAUUUUGAGAAAUAUUAUUUAUAAAGGUGUCAUUCAUCCUCAUUCAAAUUCUCGCAACUCAAUAACUACCUUCUCUUCUACUCAUGAUUACGUCAUCUGCGGUGCUGGCUCAGCAGGAUGUGUUUUAGCCAAUCGUCUUUCAGCAGAUCCAAACAACGACGUACUACUGCUAGAGGCAGGACCAAGGGACUGGACUUGGAAGAUUCACAUGCCUGCCGCUCUGAUCUAUAAUCUUUGUAAUGACAAGUACAACUGGUUUUACCAUACAGUACCACAAAAAAACUUGAAUAAUAGGGUAAUGUAUUGCCCAAGGGGGAGAGUGUGGGGAGGUUCGUCUUCCUUAAAUGCCAUGGUAUAUAUCAGAGGACAUGCAUAUGACUAUGAUAGAUGGGAAAGUGAAGGAGCUAAAGGCUGGUCGUAUGCUGACUGUCUGCCAUACUUUAAGAAGGCACAGACUCAUGAACUAGGUGCUGAUGAAUACCGUGGUGGUGAUGGACCUCUACACGUAUCCAGAGGAAAAACAAACAAUCCAUUAUUCAGCGCAUUUCUUCAAGCAGGACAAGAAGCUGGUUAUCCGUUCACAGAAGACAUGAAUGGUUAUCAACAGGAAGGACUUGGAUGGAUGGAUAUGACUAUAUAUAAAGGAAUGAGGUGGAACACAGCAAAUGCUUACCUUAGACCCAUUAAACGGAAGAGGAGGCGACACCUGAGAACAGAGACCAGAGCAUUCAUCACUAAAAUACUGUUUGAAGGCAACAGAGCUGUUGGCGUAGAAUAUCAUAAGGAUAACCAAAUAAGAAGAGCAAGAGCAAACAAGGAGGUGAUCCUAUCUGGCGGAGCAAUCAACUCACCUCAGCUCCUGAUGCUGUCUGGGAUUGGUGAUGGUGAUGAACUAAAAAAACAUGGGAUCCCUGUGGUUUGUCACCUACCAGGAGUGGGACAAAACCUUCAGGAUCAUCUCGAGAUGUACAUACAACAGGCGUGUAAGAAGCCAGUCACUCUCUAUAGUGCUCAGAAAUUAUGGAAUAUGAUACCCAUUGGCAUGAAAUGGUUUGCAACAAGGACAGGUCUUGGAGCCACAGCACAUCUUGAAGUAGGAGGGUUCAUUAGGAGCAAGGAGGGUGUUCCUCAUCCAAACAUACAGUUCCAUUUCUUGCCAUCUGGAAUAAUAGACCAUGGAAGAACGGCGAUUGACCAGCAUGCUUAUCAGGUGCAUGUUGGAAGCAUGCGAUCCCAAAGUAAAGGUUCUCUUAAACUAAAAUCAGCCAAUCCACUGGACCACCCAAUCAUUGACUUUAACUACAUGUCAACCAAGGAGGACUGGGAUGAGAUGAGGGCUUGUGUGCGACUCACAAGAGAACUUUUUCAGCAGAAGGCAUUUGAUGAAUUCAGAGRGGAAGAGCUCAGCCCAGGCAAGAAUGUACAGACUGAUGAAGAAAUAGACGAGUUUGUUCGCAACAAAGCUGAUACAGCAUACCAUCCAUCAUGCACUUGUAAGAUGGGCGAAUCUUCAGAUAAAAUGGCUGUCGUCGAUAAUGAAGCUCGCGUGUUUGGUAUAGAAAGGCUUCGUGUAGUGGACUCCUCUAUCAUGCCUAGCAUUGUCAGCGGUAACCUUAAUGCGCCUACUAUCAUGAUUGCAGAGAAAGCAGCUGACCAUAUUUUAGGUAAUCCAAUGUUACCCAAGUCAAAUGCUCCUGUUUUUAAAACACCAGAAAAAGGUCAAAGAUAAUCUUGUGGAAAUUUUUUUAAUUAAAUAUAUUUGUACGAUUAUUAAAGAGGUCCCAAUGUAGAACUGUGUGGAACACCCUAUUAAUAGUAUUGUCUAAACAGUGGCUGCUGCCUACCAUCAUGAUUGCAGAGAAAGCAGCUGACUAUAUUUUAGGUAAUUCAAUGUUACCCAGGUCAAAUGCUCCUGUUUAUAACACACCAGAAAAGAGUCAAAGAUAAUCUUGUGAAAAUUCUUUAAAUAAAUAUAUUUGUACGAUCAUUAAAGAGGUCCCAAUGAUGAAC